ACUUUAAUAUAAUGCGGUAGUGUAAACUGGAAUCCCCACACCUUAUUCAAUCUAACACAAUACUGCACACAAUGCUUCAUACAGUAGAAAUAGACUUUUAUGCUGACAAGAUUACAUGAAACAGAGUGGGAAAGGACUUGAGUGAAUCAUAAACACAGACCAUUUGCUCUCUCCUUGAGCUAUAAAUCCUAUCAGUAUUACCGAACGGCAGACAGUGUUACCACACCGCACAUUUCAUUCCAGAGUAAUUUCCAAUUUAUGACCCCAAUGCAAAAUAAUUAAAAUUACUGCUCACUUAAAACAGAUUACUACGUGGAAGUACCUUCACAAAAUGUAGUUUGUUUUUUUCAGAUUAAAGAGAUAACUCGCGCAGAAGGUGUAAGGAUAAUCUGAGUCACAACGUGCCACUAGGACCCAGGGGCGCGGUGUCUGCAGUGUUUUCUGAGUCUCCGCCCCUCCAAUAACACGUGAACCUCCUCCAGGAGAAUCACCUCCAAACAUCAACAGAGCGGGCAUUCUGGAUUCAGAGUCGGCUGGAGGGGGAGCUGGUCGGCUUGGUACCUUAGAGAUUGGAGCCGGCCAUAAAAUCUAAACUCACCCAGUCUCAGCACAUAGAACGCUCUAUACUUUUAGAUGAAAACUGAUUAACGAUCGGUUCCAUCGUCUCCUUCAAGCAACAGCAGUAUGCCUGGUUACGACUACAAGUUUCUGGAGAAGCCGAAGCGGCGCUUUCAGUGUCCUCUGUGCAACAAGCCGAUGCGAGAGCCGGUGCAAGUCUCGACUUGUGGCCACCGUUUCUGUGACACCUGUCUGCAGGAGUUUCUCAGUGAGGGCGUGUUUAAAUGUCCAGAGGACCAGCUUCCACUUGACUACGCAAAGAUCUACCCCGAUCCAGAGUUGGAAGCCCAGAUCCUAUCCCUGGUCAUUCGCUGUAUCCACAGUGAGGAAGGCUGCAGAUGGACAGGACAGAUUAAACAGCUGCAGCCCCACCUUGCUACAUGCCCAUUCAAUGUGAUACCUUGCCCAAACCGCUGUACAGUCAAGCUGAGCAGAAGGGACCUGGCGGAACACUUGCAGCAAGAUUGCCCAAAGCGUCGAGUCAAAUGUGAAUACUGUGGCAAUGACUUCACUGGAGAAGGUUAUGAGAAUCACCAGGGGAUUUGCCCUCAGGAGAGCGUGUACUGUGAAAACAAGUGCGGAGCCAGAAUGAUGCGGCGUUUGCUCUCACAACAUUGCCUUACGGACUGUCCCAAACGCACACAGCCCUGCAAGUUCUGCGGCAAGGAGUUUGUGUUUGACACCAUACAGAACCACCAGUAUCAGUGCCCACGGUAUCCGGUGGCUUGUCCCAACCAAUGCGGAAUGACGAACAUUGCCCGGGAGGAUCUUGCACACCACCUGAAAGACAACUGCAACACAGCCAUGGUUCUUUGUCCAUUCAAGGAUGCAGGCUGCAAACACAGGUGCCACAAGAUUGCAAUGAGCAGACACAUUGAUGAAAGCAUGAAAGUGCACCUGAACAUCAUGUGCAGCCUGGUCAGCCGUCAGCGUCAGGAUAUCCUCGAGCUGCGGAGGGAGGUGGAGGAGCUCUCGGUCGGCAGUGACGGUGUCCUGAUUUGGAAAAUAGCCGACUACGUGCGCAAGAUGCAAGAGGCCAAACUCCGGAACAACUACGAGUUCUUCAGCCCUCCGUUUUACACCCAUCGCUAUGGCUACAAGCUGCAAGUGUCAGCGUUCCUUAACGGCAACGGAAGUGGGGAGGGGACCCACUUAUCGGUCUACAUCCGCGUCCUUCCGGGUGAGUACGACAACCUACUGGAGUGGCCCUUCUCCUACAAGGUGACCUUCUCCAUUAUGGACCAGAGUGACCCAUCUCUGUCAAAACCGCAGCACAUCACUGAAACCUUCACCCCUGACCCCAACUGGAAGAACUUCCAGAAGCCUCUGAACUCCAGGAACUCCAUGGAUGAAAGCAGUCUUGGCUUCGGAUAUCCCAAGUUCAUUUCUCAUGAGGAGAUCAAGAAGAGGAAUUACAUCAGGGACAAUUCAAUCUUCAUCAGAGCUUCGGUGGAGAUCCCUCAGAAGAUUAUAGCCUGAAUACCGGCCAGAAGGAAAGGGACCAAUACACCUCCUUUAACAUUAAAAGCUUUCCUUGUUAUAUACACGCAUUAUGUGUAUAUUGUGAUACAAACAAUUUGCUCGAGAACCAAAAUUUCUGAGGUAGAUUUGGGAUUUCUCUGUGCACUACGAACGUUGCUACUGUAUGUGCGAAAGUUGGCAUGGUACUCGAACAGUGAGUCUGCCCACUUCAGGGAGACAAAGAAUACCUCCACCGUGUGGCUUUUUUUUUAAAAAAGAAGAAACUGUAUGUCUUGUUUUGAUUUGCCAUUAUUUCAUAAUUUGUGCUCACAUUUGGAGCAGUCUUGAUCCUCUCACUUGAGAGCAUGCCAGUCCAAAAUGUUGUGAGAAGGUACUCAGUCUGAUAUAUAUUCCCACUCUGAAGGGUCACUCUGAAAACAAGUCCAGUCAGUGGAGGACUGGAGGAAGGAGUCUGAAGAUGUGGACGGAAAUAUUUUCCUUCAGGCAAGCUUUUAACUUUGUCCACAGACAUGUUUAAUGGAGAUCAAAGGCACUAUAACAGUGUCCAUUAAGGGGCAAGGGUACAAAAAUUUUAUCAAGUGAUGGUCAGUAAUGCAAAGGGGUUCAACUCCAGGCUGGUCUUUGGUGCUGCCAAAAGUGUUUGUGUGUUUGUUUGUUUGUCAGAAGGAAGAAUCAUCUUGUGUACUGUAAUUUUAAGCUGCUGAAAGUUGGCUUCUCAGGUGAUCACACAUAAGCCAGCCUUCAGUAUUAGCCAUGUUAAACGUUUUCAGAAUAGCUACUCACAAUGCCAUGCCAGCCAGUGAGUGUGCCGGUGGGUGGGUUGUAGGAUUCACAGCAAACUCCACUUGACAGCAAACACAGUCAGUUUACUCAAUCUAUUUAAAAAGCAGGUGAAAUACAAACUAUAGUAACUUCUCCCAUUUUGCUUUGUCAAAUGAAUUUAAGCUGUGUGCAUAAAUCUCAGCCACUCACAGCCAUGUGGUCAGCAAGAUUAACAAGUGUGUAAUCCACUGACUUUGGGGAGUGGUGGUGUUGGUUGGGGGUUGCAUGUGGUAAAGAGUGCUGACUUACUCCGUUGCAUAAAUUAACAAAUUAACACGGGAGCUACUUGCAGCCAGCUUUCAGGCAGCCAUUUAAAAGAGCAAAAGAAACAUUCUGAGGGAGAGGGUAGGAGAGACCUUUAUUUACAUCCCAGUGUUACUUUGGAACAUGAGGAGUGACAUUUAGUGCACAGGAAGAAUACAGCCUAGUUUAUAUUGUUAUUUGACUUUGGCUGAUUGUUGAGAAAUGCCCAUUUAAAAUUUUUUUUAAUAAACUAAGGCAUGUGCAAUAAGUAAAUGCCCACAUUCAAAGAUGUGAAUAGUUAAAGCUACUAAUAUAUAAAACAGUAAUAUUAGAAGUUAAAAAGAAGUUUGUUUCUUUUUUAAUUUCUCUCUUUCUGCCAUUCUUUUCACUUCUCCUCUCCCCUUGUGCUCCCUCACGGAAGUUGGUAUCUUUUGCUAAGUGCAAACAAUAUCAGGUGCAAACUGUUUUUAUGUCAGUGUCCACAUUCACCGAUUUUGAAAACUGAAAAUUUUUUCUAAAGCUGAAUAUUUUAAAUGAAAUUACAUCUAGGACUUUAACCGUUUUUUGUAGUAGGAUAGAGACUCAAGAGUGCUUUUGUAAUAAACAAUAAUGAAGAGGCUGGAAAAAAUCUCAAUGGCAUGUUAAUGUAAUUCCAUUUUGUAGGUUACUUAAAUCCAUUUGAAAAAUUUUGGAGUUGCCUUCUGCUUUCCAAGACUCCCAUGUAUGAUUUCCCUUCUAAAUCUAUUUAUUUUUUAGCUCUGUUGUUGAUCAUUGAGGUAGAUAUGCUUGAAAGCCAGAAUAAGAGAUGAUUGCCUGUAUGUUCGUCUUUUUCAAAAUAAAACGUGUAUUCAUAC